AUGAGUGAAGAAGACAGUUAAGAGUUGGAUAGUGAAUAAGAAGAGGAAGAAGAAGAAUAUGAAGAAUAGGAAUAGCAGGAAAAAUAACCUCCAAAGGAUGAAUUGAAUGAAUUUAGAAAGUAUAAUGCAUUUUCAAGCUAUGCGCAAUUGGACAGAGGUUAACAAAAGCAAUACAAUGAUCAUAACCCAUUAGAAUACUAUUAUUAAAAUAAUAUUCCAAUACCUUACUAACCAGAAGUUAAUUACCACGAUAGACUUUAAAGGCAUGAAUAUUAAAUUUAUAAUGCUAACCUUGAACUUAAGAUGUUAUAAAAACCAAAAAUGCAAAUGUACAAUUAUUAUGAGAACUAUCCCCCACCAGCACCGAGCUAUCCUCCACCAGAAUAAUAACACAGUCCUUCUAUUUAUCCUAAACCAAAUGCUCAUCAUCAUUAGCCAAAUUAUUAUUAACAAGCUCCUCCUCCUUCUUUAUAAUAUUAAAGGAAAAGAUCACAUGAAGAAAUUAUUCCAAACCCAUAUUUGGAAUAAUAUAAUGAUUAGAGAAGAAGAAACUCAUUUAAAGAAUAAAAUUUCAUCCAAGCACCGCAUUAACAUAUGCCUCACUAUCCAGUUUAAUAAUAGUAUUAUAAUCCAUCCCCAAAUCAAUAUGCCCCUCAACAGAAAUAAGGGUUUUAAUAACCACAUUAAUUUCUUUAUUAACAACCAAUCCAAGAUGAAUACGAUCAUUAUUAAUAGUAUAAUUACGCAAAAUAGUCUCAAGAUAACAAUUUUUAUUAAUAAUAAUAAAGACCUUCAAGACCUCCUUUGCCCUAAUAAAAUAGUCAGAAGGAGGAAAUGAAACUAAAUUUAUAAAAAAGUGAUGAUUAAUAAAUUGAUUAAGAAUUUCAAGAAUUCAUUCGAUUUAAAGAGGCAGCAAAAAAGUAACAUAAAAUAAUUGGUGACAACGAAUAUUAAGAUUUCUUAGAGUUCAAAAAAUCAAAACUGCAAUAAAGAGCAAAUAAUGUUGGAUAAUAAAUAAACAAUGCUGAAUAAUAAAAGAAUAAUGUUGAAUAAGCAGCUCAGUAAAAGUAAAUAAAUGAUUUGUAUAAAAGAACAAAAUAAAGUACAUUAUUUUACUAAUAUAUAGUUUAAAUUGAAAAUGAUUUGAGGCCAAAAUUAGCGGAAAAAAAAUUUGAAAGAAAACUUGGUGAAAAUUACAAUUAGAAAUAGAUAGCUCCAAGAUUGGAUACUAAUUUAGAGAUUCAAAGGGCAAUGGAAAUUCUGAUGAAGAGAUGA